UUAAGAAAAACAAAACCUCGGCACAGGCCCGGGUCACCUGAGGACCCACAUCUGCAUAACAACACUCGAGCUCUUCCGGAGCCGGGCUCCAGCUUUCACCCGCACACCCCCCACUUGCCGGCCACUGCGGGCCCCCAGCUGAUUUCCUUCCCGCGGUCCUGGAGGCUGUGUAACCUUCAGCCAGCUGCCUGAUCCCACUUCUGGAUUUUGUGGGACUCCGCCCAGCCGGAGAACCGGGAGCCAUUUUUCACCCCCCAAUUGUAGAAAGAAAAGGAUCGGGGGUGACUGGAACCAUUGAAGAUGUUUGCGUGGGGGAGGGGCAUACCCCUCCGUGCCCCUAUCUGAGGCCUGGCCUAAAGAGUUGAUAAUCAAGUAGUGGAGAUCGAGUCCUGGGAGAAGAGAAAGGAGCCAGGCGCCAGGGGGUAUCCUGGAGCCCCCGGAGCCUCCCAGCAAUGGGAGAAGCAGUCCUGGCCUCUGCUUUAUGGUUCUCUGGUUCGAGGCCAGCGGAGAUGGGUCUUCCAGUGCUCACCCAGGGCCUUGCUGUGCAGGCCCAGAGCUGAGGGGCUCCCUGUCUCCAUUCUGCUGUGAGCGCCCCCUAAUUUGACACCGUAGAAGGUACCAAGAGCCCUGGUCAGCGAGAAGAGGUGGCCUCCGCAGCUGUGGGCUCCCAUCCACCUGCACAGGGCUCACCAAGGAUGCUGACCGUACCAGCCGUUCCUACAGGAUGACUCACUAAUGCUCACCUGCCGCUGCUUGCGGUCAAGUAUUUUGCCCACUUUCCUGGUGCAACCCGGAGACACCAGCCCUGCAGGCCGCCAAGUAGCCCCCCACGUCCUGUGUCAGGGUCCACACAGCUGCAGCUCUGCUCGUGUUCCCACCCCCUCCCCUUCGUCUGAGGCGUCACCCCGAAGUUUGGCCCACGAUCUCUGCUGGACAGCUUGGGCCUUUUUGGCCCUGAAUAGCAACAGGGACUUGGAAGGCAGCAGGAGGAAACCAGGAGGGUCGAGAGGGCAGUGAGUCCAGCCAGGGCAGAGAGAGACUUGGCAUAGGGCAGUAGCCCGGAGCAGAGGACACACUGGGCCGGGUUUUAGAUCGAUUAGGGGAGCUGCUGGGACGGCAUUUCUCAGAAAAUGAAACCGAUUGGGGCCGUGGUCACGUGACAGGAGGCGCGGCCUGCAGCGGGCAGCUGGAGCAACCCGCCCUUUCUCGCAAAUCGGAAGAGCGCGGCUGGCCGUCAGCAGCUCCGCCAGGCAUGCGGUGCCCUCAGUGCCGGCACGUCUCCAGCGAGCAAGACCCCAAGUUCUGCAGCCAAUGUGGAAAUCGGCUGCCCCCCGCGGCGCCUGCGGCAGCUGUCAAGAACUCCUUGACGUGCUCAGCCCCCGAGGGAGAGCAGGAGCUUGGGAAACCUCUGAAGGAGGACAGGGACCUGCAGUCCAUCCCAGACUCCGGCGACUGGCAGGAAAGUCCAGAGAACUCCAUUUCUGACGCCUCGUGGACCGUAGUCCAGAAGAGUAAAAAGAAGAGAAGGAAGAAAAAAACUCAGAACCAGCAUGACCCCUCGCACUCCAGUUCCUUGUCCCUGUCUCUUCCCGACUUGUCUAGUCUGAGUUUGCUCUCAAGCCCUGGCUCCCUGGAUGUAUCCAUGUCCUACAGCCAAGCCCAACAGGGUGACCUGGCCAGCCAGCCUGGGCAUCCUCUGGCCUCAGGGACACCACCGGUGGAGGAGGCUGUCUCCCUCGGCUCUGCUGUGCAAGCCCAGGAUGGUGACAGCCCCAUGGAGGAUCAGCCUGCCGGAACUACUGGUGCAGCCCCAAGUGGCACCCAAGAGCCCCGGAGAGGGCAGGAUUCCCAUGCCCUGGUGGGCUCUGGAGACCAAAGUCCCUCUGGAGAACAAUUGAGCCCAACUACCUCCACCUGUAAAGACCACCCUGGAGCUGCGAAUGUCACUCAGCAGUCUGAGUCUCCAGGGGACAAUUCAGAGCCCAAGGAGAAAGCACAGAAGCAAAGACAGCAGGGAACGGGUAAGACAGCUGAGCCACCUAACAAAGCAAACAAGUCCACCGAGGAUAUGAAGGACAAGACUCAGGCAGCCCAACAGCCACUGGAGAGCCCCCACACACCCCAGGGAUCCUGCCAGAAAGCGGAAGCCAAGGGCAAGUCGGCUGAUGCUGGGGGGGAAACCAGUAAAAACGAACAUGUGAUGCUAGAAAACAGGAAGAAGGCAGAAGAGAGUGAUAGAACUCAACCAGCGACUGUGAAAAAUGAGAAGGAGCAGAGGAACCUGAGCGUCGUGGCCCAGGAGGUCACAGCGAGCAUGCUGGGCCCCGGGGAAGGACUCACUGUGUACUUCCACGCCAUCCUCUCCAAGGACUUCAAAGUUGACCCCAGCUGCCAUCAAGUGUUUGUGCGAGGCGGCAAAGGACUUGGGAAGCCAGAGUGGACAAAUGCUUGCAAGAUGCAUUUUGCCAAACACUUACAGGAGACUGGGUAUCUCAUCGAGGGCAGCAUGGUGAUUCCCAAGGAGAGCAUAGACUGCCCCAUCCCAUACAAGUACUUCAUCUUCAAAGCCCAGAACUCCAUGGAGUAUGAAUUCAUCUACAAGAAACAGAAGAAAGAUGAGCAUGUCAACCGCUGUCUGCACAUACCACCACAGCUGGAGGCUAAUGGAGAAUGGCAUCAGUAUGAUGACAUCAUUUGCAAGAAGCCUGGGGUGUUAAAGAAAGCCACGAAUUGGUGGAACGACAACCUGAGGAAGGACCUGGUGGCUGGGAAGCACAUGGCAGCUGAGAUCAUGCUGGACCGCAUCUUCAGCAUCUUACAGACCUGGAACCUCAUCAACCUGAGGAACUUUUUUGCCCAGUUCAUGCAGUUCCACUUUGUCAUCCGAGAGCCUGUGGUUUAUGAAGGGAAGAAGGAGAUAUGGAGUGAUCUGCAGUACAAGGUGGAGGAGGUGAAGGAACACCUGUGGGAGUGUUUGAAGAAACAAAUGGCCCCAUUUCUGGAAGGCAAGAGUGGGGACCCUCUGCCUAAAGACUUGCCAGUGAAGAGCAAACUUCAGAUGGGCCUGAUUGUCCUUUUUAUAGUGAACAAAAUCCACAUUUCCUUACCCAAAUCUGACACCUCCCUGAGCUGCCUCCUGAUCCCCAGUACCAGUUUGCCAGAUGCUCUGCACAGCGACCUACGCCACUUCCGCAGCACCACUGAGAGGUGGGGAGAGUACCUGGUGGAACUAUGCAAUUUGGGCAUAGUGGAAGGAGGGACCUACCAUUGGCUGGGCACCUUGCCAGUCCUGCACUACUGCAUGCAGCUAACCCCUGCCAAGCACGAGCCAUUGAACCAGUUGGAGGACACUUGGGCGGGCCUGGAAGGGAUCCUCUUCUCAAAGUUUCGGGAGAGCGCGGCCAGUCAAAAUGAGUUGCUUCUGUUUAUGGAAAAAAAGAAACAUUUGCUCCAUGUGGAUGAGUACCUCUUCCGGUCCUGGUUUAGUUUGCUCCCACUGGGGUGCCUGGUUCACUACAUGGACAACGCCACUGAGUUCCUGAACCAUGCGCCUGCUUAUGUGCUGGACUGUUUCAAGGGGACUUACUAUCGGCUGGCAGAAGCUCACAUCUCUUCCCAGAGUGUGGUGGAUGUUGAGAAAAUUUUUAAGAAGCUGUUGCAGCUCGUGGACACGUACGGUGGCGUAAUUCUGGAGGAGACCCUGGUACAGUGUUACCUGCCUCUGUGCCUCAAACUGCAUGAAGCCGUCUGCAGCAGCACCCGGGACUGCCAGUUCUACGAGGUUCUGGCCUUGUCUGCAGAGCUUGUCGGCAGGUUUGUUAGACUUCAGCCAGGCCAGGACUCGGCAGGCCAAGAGGACGAAGCCAGCAAGAAUGUGUUCUGGGGUGCUCUCUCUGCCACUCAAAACUGGCUCAAGAAAGUGUUUAAAAAGAGCAUGCUGUGUGCAUUUUCCCUGUUCUCCUACCCUGAGGAGAUUAAGGUCUGGCGACGGCUCGUGAACAUAGACUUCCCUGAGACACCAAUCUGGAAAAAAUCGCUGCUGGGGCACAUGGAAGGGAGGCUCAAGCAAGCACCACCGCGCCUCCAGAUCAAUGCCUUCUGCAGCACUCAGUGGAACGUUACAGGCCCGGCUGACAGUGUGGCCCAGAGCUUCCAGGACUGUGUUAUCGAAGCUGUGAGCUCCACCUGCCAGUCUCAGACCAGUAUCCUUGAAGGACUCUCCUGUUAUGAUUACCAGAAACUUGGCAUCCUCCUGUCUGCAGUGGUUACCAAGUCCUGGCCUCAGAGGAAUGGGCAAGCCGUGAAUGACCCAGACGAGAUUCUGAAGUACCUGCUCACAUGGCGGGACGUGGAGCAGUUCUUCAAGUUGUACGGAACCAAUGAGAAAAUUUUAGCCAAUAUUACAGAGGAAGGCCAGAAGCUGAUGGCUAUAGUCGACUCUGUGUUUACAGAAGUUGUCAGUGACCUCCAGGCUGGGACCAUUUUAGUUGGACAGUUGGAGCUGAUCCAGGAACACAGCACUCAGUUUCUGAGCAUCUGUGACCUGAAGAGAAAAUGUCCUUCAGUGCGAGAAGACCAGUGGAAUGUGAAGAAAGUGCUGAACUGGAGAGGGAAGCAGCUGGAGAUUCUAAAGACAGAGGCGACAUGGGUUGACAGCCUCCUGAAGAUGUGUGGGAAAACCAGACACCUGGUACCAGUGGAUCUUGAAGAGAUGGAGGCAAGACACUCUGAAGACCUCAGCAGCAAGAGACUAAACCAAGUCGUGGCUGUGAAACUGCCCACGUCCCUCGCCUCCCAGCAUGUGACGCAUUACAAUCUGAGCCCUGAGGUCAGAGAAAUGGCUAAGAAGAUAGACGCGCUAAAAGACAGCCAUGUCUUCCAGAUUCUGUGGGAGCAGAGGGCAGAGUUGCUGAGCAGUCCUGAAGAGGAACUGGACGAUAAGAGCCUGCAGCUUACAGACGUCUAUGAAGACUUGUACCUUCCUUGUUAUAAAAUAUUCACUGAACUUUAUUACGACCUGAAAUCGGGAAAGAUCACCUUUGCCAUAAUUAAUGACAUCUUCAAGGACUUUAUAGGUAAAUAUGAGGACUUGGAUUCUGACUUCCAGGUCAUGUGCCUUGUGAAUCCUUCCGCCCAAAAGGACUGGAUUCCUGAGCGCAUCCAGCAGAUCAGGGAGUACCACAGCCUGCACCUGGCCGUCAACUCUGCCAAGGUCAUCCAACAAGUCAAGGAGAACUUUGAGCUGACUGGUGACUUCAGCGUUCUUCACACGUUACUAAACUUUGGUGAUAACUUCGAGAACUUUUGCCAUGAGACACUGGACCAGAUCAGCCCACAGCUCAUCGGGGCCAAAAAGAAAUUGCAGGACAUCAGUGAGCCACGCCGCCGGUGUCUAGAAGAACUGUGCCUGCAGAAAGAGCUUGUCACCUGGCUCCAUGAAGAAAUGGAAGGCAUUAAUGAGCUCAAGGUGUUUGUAGACCUGGCCUCCAUCUCAGCCGGGGAGAACGAUAUGGAUGUGGACCGAGUAGCCUGCUUCCAUGAUGCUGUGCAGGGCUAUGCCUGCCUGCUUUACGAUCUGGAUGGGACAGCAGGCUUCGAGGUGUUCAUGGACCAGCUUGCGGAACUCUGGAAGGCUCUAGACAAUGAUGAGAACCUGCCGAAUAAGCUGCGAGAUUCUGCCAGAAACUUGGAGUGGUUGAAGACAGUGAAGGAAAGCCAUGGGUCUGUAGAGCUGUCAUCCCUGACCCUGGCCAAAGCAAUCAACAGCAAGGGCAUCUAUGUGAUCAGGGCACCCACAGAUGGCCAGAAGCUUUCCCCAGAUACUGUCCUGAGCCUGAUCCUUCCUGAGAAUCAUGGUGGACUGGAGGAAGUGCGCAAGUACUCGCUGGAGGACCUGAAGGACCUUUUGAAUAAGCUGAUGCUGAUGUCUGGCAAGAAAGACCACAACAAUGAGGAAGUGGAGAGGUUUUCCGAGGUAUUCUCCGGCAUGCAGCGGCUCCUGCAGGCCUUCCUCAACCUGUACACUGCCGGCAACAUGCUCUUCAGGGCCUGGACGGUGAAGGUCUACUGCUGCCCCAUGGAAGAUAUAUCCAUCUGCAUGGAUUUUGGCUUGGAGCUGGUGACUCAGCUGUCAGAGAGCGGGGAUGUCACGGUAUGCCUGGAGGCCCUGUGCAGGCAGAUGGAGCAUUUUCUGGACCUCUGGAAGAGAUUUGUGACAGAGAAGCGUGCCAAGCACUUUUACCUCAACUUCUACACUGCCGAGCAGUUGGUCUACCUGAGCACUGAGCUCUGGAAGCACCACCCCAGCGAAGCUGCCCUGACCAUGCUCUCCUUCAUCAAAAGCAACUGCACCGCAGGUGACAUCCUAGAGGCCAUUGGAAAGUGCAACAGUGAGCUCUCCCCAUACCGCAUGAGUAGAGUGAUGACGGCUCUAGCACAGCAGCUGGACUCUAAGGCCAGCCUGGAGAAGAAGCUGCAGUUCAUCAUGGAGCAGUUCCUAGAGUGUUCAAGUAUCUUCCUGCCUGGCUGUCUUGACCUGGAGGCCCUCGGCCUCUGUCUGGCUCAGCUGGCUCGCAUGGUCAGCAUCACCGUGGAGCGGCCUUUCCCACACGGCCUACACGAGGGCCAGCCCAACCUGGUCUUGUGUGGCCACUCUGAGGUACUGCUAGCCGCCCUUGCCAUCUACAUGCAGGCCCCACAGGAGCCCCUGCCCACCUUUGACGAGGUGCUGCUGUGUACCCCAGAGACCAUGUUUGAGGAAGUGGCACUGCUUCUCCGCCGCUGCCUCACCCCAGGUGCUCAGGGACACAAGAUCUACAGCCUGCUGUUUGCUGACCAGCUGAGCUAUGAAGUGGCCUGUCAGACGGAGGCGCUGUUCCACAGCCUGUGCACACAGCGCCACCGAGAGGACUACCGGCUGGUGGUGGUCUGUGAUGCCACCCGGGAGCACUGUCGCCUCCCCUCCGCCUUCAGCCAGCACAAAUCCCUCCUCACCCCACAGGAGCCCCUGCCCGACAUCCAGGCCUACCUUGAGCACCACUACAGGAUCCCAAAGCAGAUGGUGUCAGCGGCUUCAGUGUUCAGAGACGGGAUGUCUGUUGGGAUUGUGACCUCGGAGAGAGCGGGUGUCGGAAAGUCUCUCUACGUGAAGAGACUGCACGACAAACUGCAGAACAAUUUUAGUGAUACCAGGGUACCUUUGAAAGUUAUUCGGCUGACCAACCCUCGUGUGGAUGAGAACCAAGUCCUGAGCGCCCUCCUGCCUUACUUAAAAGCACAAUACCAACAAAUGCCUAUGAUUUUCCACUUGGAUGUGACUGCUUCUGUACAGAGUGGAAUUUGGGUCUUUCUUUUCAAGCUUCUCAUUUUACAAUACCUCAUGGAUAUAAAUGGGAAAAUGUGGCUCCGGAACCCACGCCAUUUAUACAUCAUUGAAAUCCUGGAAGGAAAGUCGGCACUGCCAGCCAGGCCUUCAAAAUCGAGUGCACGUGCCCUGCAGUUCGGUUUUCUUGACAUCUUCCCCAAAGUCACCUGCAGACCUCCUAAAGAAGUGAUAGACAUGGAGCUGUCUCCCAAGGGGAGCCACAGGGAUCCUCAAAUGGACAAGAUACAGUUCCGCAGUGAGACUUUCCAGAGGCCUUUCCAAUACUUAAGACGAUUCCACCAAAAACAAAACCUGGACACAUUCAAAUACAAAGAAGGCUCUGUGGAGGGCACCCCAGAGGAGUGCAUGCAGCACCUCCUGAUUUACUGCGGGGUGGUAAACCCAUCCUGGUCAGAGCUUCAGAACUUCGCUUGUUUCUUAAACUGUCAGCUCCGGGACUGUGAGGCCUCUGUCUUCUGCAACGCAAGGUUUAUUGGGGACACGCUAAGGGGCUUCAAGAACUUCGUUGUGACCUUCAUGAUCUUCAUGGCAAGAGACUUUGCCACACCAACACUGUAUACCUCUGACCAAAGCCCAGGGAAUUAUGCGGUCACCUUGGACGGGGUUGAGGAAGAAGACCUCGCCCCCUUCUCUCUCCGAAAGAGGUGGGAAUCAGAGCCCCAUCCAUAUAUUUUUUUCAAUGGCGAUCAUGUGACUAUGACCUUUAUGGGCUUCUACCUCGAGCCCAAUAACAAUGGCAGCAUUGAUGCUAUCAGUCACUUGGAUGGGAGAGUAAUCCAGAAAAAUGUCAUGACCUCAGAGCUGUAUCAUGGGCUGUUGCUUCAGAAGGUGCCUUUCAACAUUGACUUUGAUAAGCUGCCCAGACGCAGGAAACUUGAAAGGCUUUGCCGGGCACUAGGCAUCCGGAGGGUCACUGACCCUGAUGAAACCUACGAGCUCACAACAGACAAUAUGCUUAAGAUCCUCGCCAUUGAAAUGCGAUUCCGAUGCGGGAUCCCAGUUAUCAUCAUGGGAGAAACUGGCUGUGGGAAGACCAGGCUCAUUCGGUUCCUCAGUGACCUGCGGCGUUGUGGUGCCAAUGCUGAUACCAUGAAGCUGGUCAAGGUCCAUGGAGGAACAACUCCCAGUAUGGUCUACUCCAGUGUCCAGGAGGCCGAGGACAUCGCUUUUGUCAAUAAGCACCGGCACCACUUGGACACCAUCUUGUUCUUUGAUGAAGCGAACACAACAGAAGCCAUAAGCUGUAUCAAAGAAGUUCUGUGUGACUGGACAGUGGACGGCCAGCCACUGAAGCACAACUCUGGCUUGCACAUCAUAGCCGCCUGCAACCCUUACCGAAAGCACUCUCAGGAGAUGAUCUGCCGCCUAGAGGCAGCUGGUUUGGGAUACCGGGUCAGAGCUGAGGAGACAGCAGAGAAGCUGGGCUCCAUCCCUCUGAGACAGCUGGUCUACCGCGUCCACGCUCUGCCACCAAGCUUGAUUCCUCUGGUGUGGGACUUCGGACAACUGAAUGACACUGCUGAGAAACUGUACAUCCAGCAAAUCGUCCAGAAACUAGUAGACUCCAUGAACAUAGAUGAUGACAAGAAUCGGAUGAUUACAGAAGUGCUCUCUGCAUCUCAGGGCUUCAUGAGGCAGAGAGAGAAUGAAUGCAGUUUUGUCAGUCUCCGGGACGUGGAACGCUGCGUAAGAGUUUUCCAUUGGUUCUACAAGCACAGCAAUAUGCUCUUGGGAAAUCUUAAUACCUUUCUUUCUAAGACCAGUGCCAACAAAAACAACUUCAAGAGAGAUCCCAUCCUCUGGUCCCUGGUGCUGGCCAUUGGGGUCUGUUACCAUGCCUCAUUAGAAAAGAAAGAACCCUACCGGAGAGCCAUUUGCAAAUUCCUGCCAGAACCGUACAAUGACAGUAAGGUUAUCCUGGAUGAGAUCAGCCUGGCCCAGGAUCUUUUCCUGAGUGGUGUACCCCUCAGGAAAACCAUAGCCAAGAACUUGGCUUUGAAGGAGAAUGUCUUCAUGAUGGUCGUCUGCAUUGAGCUGAAGAUCCCUCUCUUCCUGGUGGGGAAGCCCGGCAGCUCCAAAUCUCUCGCCAAGACCAUUGUGGCAGAUGCCAUGCAAGGCCAGGCUGCACACUCCAGUCUCUUCCGUGCCCUGAAACAAGUCCAUCUGGUGUCUUUUCAGUGCAGCCCACAUUCUACCCCCCAAGGUAUCAUUGGCAUCUUUAGGCAGUGUGCCCGCUUCCAGCAGGGUAAAGACCUGCUGCAGUAUGUCUCUGUGGUGGUGUUAGAUGAGGUUGGACUGGCAGAAGACUCUCCCAAAAUGCCCCUGAAGACACUGCACCCCCUGCUGGAAGACGGCUGCAUUGACGACGACCCUGCAGCCUACAAAAAAGUUGGCUUCAUAGGCAUUUCCAAUUGGGCCCUGGACCCUGCCAAGAUGAACCGGGGCAUUUUUGUGUCCCGUGGCAGUCCCAAUGAGAAAGAGCUCAUAGACAGCGCCAAGGGGAUCUGCUCUUCUGAUAACUUGCUUCUGGACAAAAUCCAUGGGUACUUUGGGCCCUUUGCCAAAGCGUACGAAACAGUGUGUGAGACACAGGAUAAGGAAUUUUUUGGGCUUCGUGAUUACUACAGCCUCAUCAAGAUGGUUUUUGCAAAGGCUAGAACAUCCAAUAAGAAGCUUUCCCCACAGGACAUUGCACAGGCUGUUCUGCGGAACUUCAGUGGCAAAGACGACAUCCAAGCCUUAGACAUUUUCACAGCCCAUUUACCGGAGGCCAAGUGGAAGCAGGAGGUCAGCACUAUUGAGCUGAUCAAACAGAACAUAUUUGGGGACCCACAGAGAGCACCAGGCACCAAACCAGAUGACACUGAAUCCCGGUACUUACUGGUGUUGACCAAGAACUACGUGGCCCUGCAGAUCCUGCAGCAGACCUUCUUUGGUGAGGACCAGCAGCCAGAGAUCAUUUUCGGGUCCAGCUUUCCGCAGGACCAAGAAUACACACAGAUCUGCUGCAACAUCAACCGGGUGAAGAUCUGCAUGGAGACAGGCAAGAUGGUGGUGCUGCUGAACCUACAGAACCUCUACGAGAGCCUGUACGACGCACUGAACCAAUACUAUGUCUACCUCGGGGGCCAGAAAUAUGUGGAUCUCGGCCUGGGGACCCACCGUGUCAAGUGUCGGGUCCACUCAGACUUCCGCCUGAUCGUCAUCGAGGAGAAGGACGUCGUAUACCAGCAGUUUCCUGUGCCCCUCAUCAAUCGGCUGGAGAAGCAUUUCCUAGACAUCCACACCAUGCUGGAGCCCUGGCAGAAGAACAUCGUUCGCCGGCUCACAGUUUGGGUGCAGGAGUUCACAGAUGCGAAAACAGACUUCUGUGCGAAUGCACACAAGUACAGCCCUGCCGAGGUCUUCAUCGGCUACCACUCGGACGCCUGUGCUUCCGUGGUGCUGCAGGCCACAGAGAGGCAGGGACUGAGUCCCAGCUUGGAGGAGCUGGAAUAUAAGGUGAUGGAGGCGGCCCAGCUGAUCCUGCUGGACUGUGCCACACCUGACGCUGUGGUGCGGCUGAGCACCUCCAGACUGAGCUCAUCUGCUUGGACACUGGCACAGGAGUACUACUUCCGGCAAGAGCACAGCUCCUUUGCAGGCUUCUUGCAGGCUCAUCUUCCAGCUAAGGGCCUGGAGCACCACGCCGUCUUCACUGAGAUCACUACUUUUUCCAGACUGCUGACGAGUCACGACUGUGAAAUCCUAGCAUCAGAGCUAGAGGGCCUGGCCCCAAAGCCCAGCAUCCUGUCACUGCAGCAGUUUGACACCGAGCACUCGUUCCUCAAAGCAGUCCGAAACUGCUUAGCAAGUAGAGCCAGCUGUAAAAUUCUUAUCAUCCAGACUGACUUCGACGAUGGCCUUUACAGUGCGCAGCUGAUUGCCUCCGCUAAGUAUUCUGCUCUCAAUGAGGUCAAUAAGGUGCAAGGAAAGAACCACCGCAUCUUUGUCUAUUUCAUCACUAAACUGUCCCGGAUGGGAAGCGGGGCGUCCUAUGUGGGCUUCCAUGGAGGGCUGUGGCGGUCUGUACACAUCGAUGACCUCCGGAGAUCCACGGUCAUGGCCUCGGAUGUGACCAAGCUGCAGGGCGUCACCAUAAGCCAACUGUUCAGGCCAAGAGACAAACCUGAGCAGGGCAGCCAAGAGGAAGAGAUGGAAGUCAAACCCAGCAGGUCAGGAGAAACAGCCGAGACCGAAGUGGAGAUAAAAAGUCCCAAGGAGAUGGAGACCGAUCCCUGGGAACCAGAAGGUGGUGAUGUGCAGGUCCUGGACACCACCAGGUUGCUGCAAAGCUGCGUGCAGGGCGCUGUGGGGAUGCUCGGGGACCAGGCCGACCACUGUGACCGCAACAUGAGGAGAGUCAUCAUCCUCCUGAGACUCCUAAACGAGGAUAAUGAGUUUAACGCCUCUUUCUUGCGGGCGUCCAAGAAUCACCUCUACAUGCUCCUAAAGAAGCAAGAAGAGAACCAGCCCUGCAGUUUGAAGGAGUGGGUGAGCAGGGAGGCCUCGGACCUGGAAGCCCUGCAGGAGGCGGGUACCUUCCGGCACACCCUGUGGAAGCGGGUCCAAGGUGCUGUCACUCCUCUCCUGGCCAGCAUGGUAGCACUCCUCGACAAAGAUGCCAACCUGGAGCUGUUGUGCCAGCCGGACUUACAAGCCUGGGCACGAGACCUUUGGAUGUUCAUUUUCAGUGAUGAUAAGCUUCUGGACUUUCCGCUCCUGCAUAGCAUGAGAUCGAAGAGUGACACGCCCUCCAUCCUGGUGCAGAACCACAUGGCUCUCAAUGCCUCCAACAGUGUCCCUUUUAGCUGGAGAAUCAAGGACUACCUGGAGGACCUGUGCGUCCAGGCUCAGUACAUCACAGAUGCCCAAGGACUGCCACAGAAAUUUGUGGAAAUCUUCCAGCAGACGCCCUUGGGUCAGUUCUUUACCCAGCUCCCCGAAGGGCAGCAACUGGAACUCCUACACAGCUACUUGACAGACUUCCUGCUCCUCACCAUGAAAGUGUCCAGCCAGGAGGAGCUAAAGUUCCUGCAGAUGGCCCUGUUGGCCUGCCUGAGUGAGCUUCAGAUAGCGUCGGGAAGGUCCGAGGACAGCCCAUCCUUGCCAUGGGUACACUUGGCCUACCAGUCCUUCAGCACACGGCUACAGACCUUCUCCUGGAUUGUGACCAUCCAUCCCUCGGUCUUGCACAGCCUCACCAGUGACUCACCAAUGCACGACUUGGCCAGAUGCGAGAUGACACUGGAUGCAUUCGCAGCAAUGGCUUGUGUGGAGAAGCUGACAAAAGACAUCCUGAUACCUAGCCCCCAGGCCUGGCUACAGCUAGUAAAGAACCUGUCCACGCCCCUGGAGCUCAUCUGCUCAGAGGGAUAUCUGCAAGGCAGUGGGAACUGGACCAGACGUCUCAUUGGGGAGAUCAGAACCCAGUGGAAUCGCAUCUUCUCCAUUUCCCUCUUUGUGGAGCACGUGCUCCUAGAGACCAAGAACCACAUACCUUUGCUGAGCGAUCGGGUGACUUCCUAUGUCUUCUUGCUGAACAAGUGUCUCCAGGAGAACUCGGACCUGAAGACGUACAAGCCUUUUGAAGCUGUAAUGACCAUACUUCGCCAAUGCAAAGACCAAGCCAACAAUGCCUUUUCCAGGUUUGGUAUUCACCCGUGCCCCAUCUGCCUGGGAGAUACGUGGGAACCCGUGUGCCUGCCCUGUGACCAUGUGUAUUGCCUGGCCUGCCUCCGGACCUGGAUGGACCCUGGACAGAUGCUCUGUCCCUACUGCCGAACAGCCCUGCCAGAUGACUUCUCUCCAACCAUUUCUCAGGAGCACAGGGAGGCCGUGGAAAAGCAUGCCCACUUCCGGCGCUUGUGCAACAGCUUUUUUGUGGACUUGGUUUCCACCAUGUGCUUCAAGGACAAUGCUCCCCCUGAGAAGAGCGUGAUCGACAGCUUGCUGUCUUUGCUGUUCAUACAGAAGGACACCCUGAGAGAGGUCCCGCAGAGACACCGUGAGCACACAAAAUCUCUGUCCCCGUUUGAUGACGUCGUGGACAAGACCCCCAUCAUCCGCUCCGUGGUGCUGAAGCUCCUGCUGAAGUACAGCUUUCGGGAUGUGAAGAAUUACAUUCAGGACUACCUGUCCCUGCUGGCGAGCAAAGCGUACAUACAGGAGGACAAGACUGAACUAUACAUGCUCUUCAUCAACUGCCUGGAGGAUUCAAUGCAAGAGAAGACCAGCUUCUGCUCCAGGAGCAGUGAGCCAAGCUACCUGAGGGAGGAAGCCAAUUUCCUCCAGUCUUGCUCCCUUAAAAGGCCUGGCCAGGAACCUGCCCCUGUGGCCUCCGUCGAGUACCUGCAGGAAUUGGCCAGGGUCCGCCUGUGUCUGGACAGGGCUUCUGACUUCCUCACUGAACUUUCUGAGGACUCAGCACUGACUGGGGAGCAGCAGCGCUACCUGCAGACAGUGGAGAGGUUCUGUACCAACAGCGGGAACGACUGGUACCGCGUGUACCUCAUGAGGAAGCUCACCAGCCAGCGCGGGCUGGAUUUCCUGCAGUGCUUCUCCAGGCAGGGACACCCGUGCCGCUGGGUGUUUCCCAAGGAAGUCAUCAAGGGCCAGAAGGAUCACCUAAACCAGAUGGAUGGAUACCUGGUGUACGGUGAAGAAUACAAGGCCAUUCGUGAUGCUGUGGGCCACGCCAUGCUCCAGUGCAAGACUCCGGGCAUCGGGACUGCCCUGACGGCCUGUGGGAGCCCACGGUCCCAGCAAGCGGUCUACUUAGUGCUGGCUCUAUAUAGAGAGGUGGGGACUCUGUUCUACUCCCACAACGCAGACCUGCAUCCCAAGCCAGAGCACUGCGAAGCUAUAAACGAAUUCAUAGAGGAAAGCAAACUCCUCUCUCCAGAGACCCAGCACUUUGCCACUCUCCUUGUGAACAAUGCCCUGCCUCUGCUGCACACGGAGCCUGGCACCAGAAGCCUUGAAGGAACCGUGGUAGAAAUGGCCAUUCAUGCUGCAGCCGUCCUUCUGUGUGGACAGAACCAUGUCUUGAAGCCACUAAGGAAUUUGGCCUUCUCACCAGCCAACAUGCAGAACGCUUAUCUUCCAACCAUGCCUGAAGACCUGCUGGCCCAGGCCACGAGCUGGAUGGCUCGGGAAAAUGUCCAGUGGUACACUUGUCCCAACGGUCAUCCAUGCGUCGUGGGAGAGUGUGGCAAGCCGAUGGAGGAGAGCUUCUGUGUGGACUGCAACGCUGUCGUUGGAGGCCUCAAUCACACACCCAACACUGGCUUUCACAUCAUCCAACCAAACACUGACAGAACGCAGAGCGGCCACGUGCUGGGAAACCCACAGCCCAGGGAUGCGGCCGUGGCCCCUGACCGUGCGCUGUCCCCAGCCAUCUUCGUUCUCCUCCGGCUGCUCACCCACUUGGCGUUGCUCCUGGGAGCUGCCCAAGGUCCCCAGGCUCUAGGGAACAUCAUUAGGCCUCCAGUGAGUAACCCAAUAGCUUUCCUGCACCAGCACAUCCAAAGGAAUCUGGAGCAGUUGACCAAGAUGCUCGGGAAGAAUGCGGACGAGACCAGCCUUGUGGUGCACCUGGUGCUGCGCAGGCUUCUCCAAGAGCAGAGGCCUCUCCCUGGCCAGAAUUUCUUUGUAGGGACUUUAAAUUUUGAUGGGCAGUUAUCAACCAAAGAGCAGAGAAACAACUGGGAAAAAUACAUGCAACUUCUUCUCUUGCCUGAGCUAGAGUGUCUCGAUAAAACCCUCUGCUCCGUGACUACUCUCAUCAGCAAAGAUGAACGCAUCGCCUCCAGCCCUGUGGCCAGAGUCAUAUACAAUGACCCGGCGACCUUCCUCUCCCACCUGCCCCAGCAGAGUGUGGUCCACUGCUCCAAGAUCUGGAGCUGCAGGAAGAAGGUCACAGUUGAGUACCUCCAGCACGUUGUGGAGCAGAAGAAUGGCCAAGAGACACUGCCCGUGCUCUGGCAUUUCCUGCAGAGGGAGGCAGAACUGAGAAUGGUGAAAUUCUUGCCCAAGAUUUUGGACCUGCAAAAGAGCCUAGUGAAACAAUUCCAGAAUGUUCCAGAAAUUGAACCUGGCUCCAUCAGGAAAUUUAUUAAAAGUCAGAGUUCAGAUAGACUGAGUAAGCUGUUCCAGGAGAGAAUCACUGUUUUUCUGUCCACAUGGAAUGCACUGAGGCAAUCGCUGGAGACCAAUGGUGAGAUCAAGCUCCCGAAUGAGUACUGCAGCUCUGCCUUGGAUCUGGACGCUGAUUUUGAAGUCCUCCUCCCACGUCGGCGGGGCCUGGGCCUCUGCUCAACUGCCUUAGUCAGCUACUUGAUUCGCCUGCACAAUGAAGCUGUCUACAUGGUGGAAAAGUUCUCCAAGGAAAAUAUCAGCUAUUCUGUGGAUGCCUCCGAGAUCAGUGACCUGCAUGUCAUCAAUUACGAUGUGGAGCGCGACCUGACUCCACUGAUUCUGUCCAACUGCCAAUAUCAAGUGGUGCAAGGUGGGGAGACUUCACAGGAGUUCGAUCUGGAAAAGAUCCAGCAGCAGAUCAGAGGGCGCCUCCUACAGGGCAAGCCCAAGCUGACAGUCAAGGGGAUCCCCACGCUAGUGCACAGACAUGACCGGAACUAUGAGCGUCUCUUCAUGGACAUCAAGAAGAAGAUGGCACAGGUCACCCUUCCGAGGGCAGCCAUGGGCACCAUCACUGGGCAGCUGCAGUCCUACAGUGAUGCCUGUGAAGCCCUCUCUGUCAUAGAGGUCGUCUUGGGCUUUCUGAGCACAGCUCAUGAGAAAGUCGAAGUGCCGCUGAAUGUGUACAUCCAAAAAGUUCUGCAAAUGGGCGACCAGACAGCUUCGGUUCUAAAGGCCUUAAGCAGCUGUAAGUUAAAACACACCAUCUCCCUCUGGCAGCUUCUCUCUGCGCAUAAAUCGGAACAGCUGCUACGCCUGAAGAAAGAACCAUUUCGAGAAAUCAGUCCACUGUACAAAGAGGACCUCAGCCCAGAACAUGCCAAGCUCCUCAGCACUUUCCUGAACCACAGCAGCCUUGACACCUUCCUCCUGGAGCUCCACGAGAUGAUCAUGCUAAAACUGAAGAGCACUUGGGCAGAGGACAGCUUCAAACAUUACUGGAGCCUGAGGGACACUCUUGUAAGUUACAUGGAAACUAAGUACACCGACGUCCCUGUAGAUUUGCAUUCCCAGUUCCCGGAAGAGAUCCUGCUGUCCAGCUGCGUCUCCGUGUGGAAAGCAGCAGCUGCGCGGAAACAGGACCGACAGUCGAAGUAGAAAGGCUCCUUCCACUCUGGCCUGGGAGCCGGGCGGCUCCACCCUUGCCCGCAGGAUUGCACCAGCCACCCUCUUGAGUACUUAGAGGAAGUGGUGCCCCUUGCACUCAAGCCCGCCCGCACUGUUUGGCCAGCAGUGCCCUCGGAACUCAUUGGGAGCUAAAAGCUGCGCUUCCCUGAGCUCGGAAGUCAGACCCACCUGUGCCUUCCAGGAGAGCCAGUAGUGUCCAAGUAACAGUCCUGUCCAAUCUCGGUCUGUCUCAGGCCGGCCAGCCUCUUACUUUGAUCUUCUGUCACCGGCUCCUUCGUCCUCCCAUUACAACAGACAACAGGGGAAUCUUUUUUCCUUUUUGCUGCUCUGUUCUCUGCUCUCUGAAGAGAAUCUGGUUUUCUUCUUUUUCCCAGUCCCUUAAAUUCUGAGUAUUAUACAUACAUUUCUUGGUUUCUGAAAUGUACAGAAAUGCCAUACUCUUCAUCUUCUUACAACACAAGGAAUGCCAAAAGAAAGGGAUCUACCCAUGCCUUAUGCCAUGUGAACACAAGCUGACCCAGACCCUGUAUGAGUCACUGCCAAGUUUCACAAGGUCAGGGCCAAACUGUGAAAAGCACUGGAUAAGAGCUGAGGACUUUGUGGUCUCAGUUCCUUCAUGAACAGAAUAAACUGACAGACAAAGCUCCUCCCAUGUCUCAAAAUUUGAGAUUCGCUACUUGAGUCAAGGUCUCACUGUAUAGUUCAGGCUAGCCUCGAAUUUGUGGUGAUCCUCUUGCCUCGGCCUCCUGAGUGCUGGGAUUACAGGUGUGCACCACCACAUCCAGCUCUUAAGAUUCUACGUGGAAGUCUACUCAUGUGAAGCUGUGUUAGAGGCAUAUUUUUGGCCAUUUUGAUUGUCUGGCAUUGUGCCACGAGUCCCUGCUUUGUGUGAUCUCAGGUUCUUCAAGUGUGUGACUGUCUGGUCCAUCUUUUAUGUAAAUGGAAAUUAAAACUGAGACAACAUUAUGAAUUUA